GAUUUUUUGCUUUACACGUGAAUAUUUUAUAAUUUUUAACAAUAUCUUUGAAAAUGGGACGAAUGAGGAAACGUUUUAAUGAGAAAGCACGCAUGUCAUCUGAACGUGGAACUGAAAUAAAAAACGAAAUUGAAGAAAAUGUUCAAGUGGAAUUCGAAGUAAAAGAAGACCAGUACGAUCAGAGCAAUCCUCUUAUAUUAAGUAAAAAGAAAAAAGUAGCUAAACCCAACAAGAAUGCUGCUGCUAUUCCAGUCAAGAAGCUUUCCAAGAAGCAACGAAAAAAGCUGCAGAGUGUGAUUGAGAGGAAAAAAAAGAAAGCAAAUAGAGCAGAGCUGUUGGAAAAGUUGCAAAAAGUUCAAGCAAUGCCAGAAGAUUUACAGCACUUGACAUCCACUGCUGACAUGCAAACAUAUGGGCUGAAAAGAGUCUCUGAAGAUUCCAUAAAUGUGUCUUCCCGUUCUACUAAAAUAAGCAAUAUUAAGCGUAGCAAGAAGGAUCGUUAUCUUCCUCCAUCAAAAAAAGUGAAAUUAUCCUCAAAUGUUGUGGAUUUUGAGCUGACUUCUUCUGACAGUGAUGAAAGUGAUGACAUUGAACCCGACAAAGAAGAAUCAACUGAACAAAGUUCUGACAUCCCCUUCAAGGACAAAAACCUUAAAUUUGUGGAAACGGAAAAAGUGGAAUUGCCCAUACAAGUGGAGGAGACUAAUUCUUCCUGUAUGAAAGAAAGCCCGAGAAACAAUGAAGUGUCUUCUCCAACAGUUGACCUGAAGCUCUCAGAUAAAGGUGUCAAAAAAUCAUCUGCCCCUGCUGUUUUUUUACCUGUUCACAGACUGCCGGAAAUACAGUCUGCCAGAGAAAAGUUACCCAUCUUUUAUGAAGAGCAAUCUAUCAUCGAAGCCAUUAAAGAACAUCCUGUGGUUGUUAUUCAUGGUGAAACUGGAAGUGGCAAGACAACUCAAGUGCCCCAGUUCUUGUAUGAAGCUGGGUUCACACAAAAUAAAAAAAUGAUUGGCAUUACUGAGCCGAGGAGGAUUGCUGCAAUGACCAUGGCUGCCCGAGUGGGGGAAGAACUGAACUCACCUGAACUGGUGUCUUACCAUAUAAGGUACAAAAAGACGGUGGACGAGAAGACUGAAAUCAAGUUCAUGACUGAUGGGGUGCUGUUGAAGGAAAUGAGACAUGAUUUUCUUUUAUCCAAGUAUUCAGUUAUAAUCAUUGAUGAAGCACAUGAGAGAUCAGUGUUUUCUGAUGUCUUGAUUGGCCUCCUUUCUCGUAUUGCUCCUCUGAGACAAAAAAAAGGAGAUCCUUUAAAAUUGGUGAUCAUGUCGGCCACCAUGCGUGUACAAGAUUUCAUGGAAAAUAAGAGACUCUUCAAGCGAGAACCAUUUCUAAUAAGAUUAGAUUCUAGGCAGUAUAAAGUAGUGGCUCAUUUUAAGAAACACACUCCUGAAGAUUAUUUGGAAGCUGCAUAUCAAAAGGUGUGUGAAAUUCACAGCAAAGAACCUGCCGGUGCAAUUCUGGUGUUUCUGACUGGGGAAAAAGAAGUCACUCGACUCUGCAAGAUGUUGAGAGAAGCUUUCCCCUUUCCAAAUCAAGAUCAGUAUGAAGAAAAAGAGAAGCCACCCACCACCCCACGGUUGGAUCCAAAACCAAAGAAGAAAAAGAGACAUGUGGUUGACUCAUUUUGUUCACUCCCUGAAAAAAUUAAUUUGGAUGACUUCUCUGCAGAGCCAUUGGACACUGAAAAUAUGCAGCAUCAAUAUUCUGAUGAUGAAGAAACUGCACAUGGCGAAACAAUUCAACGUUCUCCGGUCAAGAGUUUCUCAAGUGCUGGCCCUUUAUAUGCGCUGCGGUUGUUUUCUGUUCUUCCUUUUGAGGAACAGGAAAAGGUCUUUAAACCACCACCUGCUGGGUCCAGGUUGUGUGUUGUAUCCACCAAUGUGGCUGAAACAUCCAUCACUAUUCCGGGAUUGAAAUAUGUCGUAGACUCAGGAAAAAUGAAAACAAAGGUAUAUGAUAAAUUAGUGGGAGGGAUAUCUCGUUUUGCAAUCACUUGGUGUUCAAAAGCAUCGGCUAACCAGAGAGCCGGAAGAGCGGGACGUACAAAAGAUGGGCAUUGCUACAGGUUAUAUUCUUCGGCAGUUUUCGAACAUGAUUUUCCAGAUUUUUCUCCUCCGGAAAUCCAGAGGAUACCCGUCGAUGAUGUCUUGCUACAGAUGAAAGCAAUGGGCAUUGACAGAGUCGUCAACUUUCCCUUUCCUGCUCCUCCUGAUACAGAAGGAUUAAAAGCUGCCGAAAGGAGACUAGUACUAUUAGGAGCCUUGCAAGAUUUACAGAAAGGAGACAGAUAUAAAGAAGUAGCCAAAUGGGAAUAUUCCGCAAAAGUGACUCCCCUCGGCAGGGCAAUGUCUCGGUUCCCCCUGAGCCCGAGAUAUGCUAAAAUGCUGCUGCUCUCCUACAAGCAUAAUUGCAUACCGUAUGUCAUCGCAAUUGUCUCUGCACUCACUGUUCCGGAAAUAUUCCUCUGCUUCCAAAAUGAAGACGUCGACAUACAGAAUGAAGAUACCAAGGUGGAGGAGACUGAAACUUCGCCUGAAGAAACAAAAUCACAGUGGACUGGUAUAAAAAAGAUUGGUGCUGGAAAGGGAAAAUCUCUUCUUUUGGGUGAUGUAAUGGUGCUUCUGAGAACUGUAGCAUUUUUUAUUGAUUCUAAGAAUAAAUAUAAUUUCUGCCAAAGAAAUGGCAUCAGGCACAAAGCAAUGGUUGAGGUCUACAAAAUGUGCUGUCAGUUGUGUCGAGAAAUGAACCGAGCUUUUCAAGACAUUAGCUUGCCUAAAGAUUUCAGACUUGACAAACCCACUGAAGAAAUCAUAGAAAAGAUAAGAAAAAUUGUAACUACAGGCUUUACUGACCAUGUUGCUAGAAGAGUUCCAGUUGAAGAUUCUAAAAUUGACAAAAGCUUAAAGAAUGCCUAUCGUUGUUUGGACUUGGAGGAAGCUGUUUUUAUCCAUCCGAGUUCAAUUCUGUUCUCUGAGCUUCCAGAAUACGUUGUCUAUCAAGAAAUCUCUCACACUUCAAAAUAUUACAUGAAAGGUGUUGUAGCCAUUGAACCAGAAUGGCUUCCAUGUUUCGCUGCUGCCUCUUGUCAUUUCUCCGUUCCAGAGAGCGAGGACCCACCUCCUGCCUACAAUGCUGAAAAAGAUGCCAUUAUUUGUGGUGUCAAAUCAACAUUUGGUACCUGGCAGUGGGAACUUCCCAGUGUCAAAAUGGACAUGCCACGGAGCCUGGCAAGGUACAGCUGGUUCUGUUUCUUCCUCUUGGAUGGAGCUGUUUUCAAGUUCUUCAAAACAUACAAAUCUCAGUUGCUUUCACACCCAUCAUACAUGCUCAAAUCAUGGGCCAAACUGGUGCCUCGUGUUCGUUUCCUACUACAGGCUGUAAUCACCAAGGAAAUUGAUUCCAAAUGUGCGCUUAAAGAAGCUUGGAAAAAAGACAAGAAAUAUCUUUUACGUGAAUUCCUUGAAUGGUUACCUGAAGACAAACAUUUAGAAGUGGAGUGCAGUUGGCCGCCAAGCACUUAAUUAAAUUUGUAAAAAGAUAUUGUAAAUAAAAUUUUAUGUUCUUAA